GGUCGACAGUUUCAACAAGGGCCUGGAGAGAACCAUCCGGGAUAACUUUGGAGGUGGAAACACUGCCUGGGAGGAAGAGAAGUUGUCCAAAUACAAGGACAGAAGAGCACUAAACAAGCCAAGCAGAAUUCUUUCUUCAAGGAGCUUCUAUUCUAGUAGAGGAAACAGUGAAUAAGUAAGUAAAUAAUGUCUUAUCAGGUGAAGAACAGUAAAGCAGAAUGGUGGGAGGCAUGGCAUUCAAGGUAUGACAUUCGAACAGAGACCUGAGGUGCAGAAGCAAACUGUGCGACAGUCGGGGAAGGGUUUUGGACAGAGCGGGACUGAGCUUGGUGCAUUUGAGAAGUGGCUGGAUUUGGAGUGAGCAGAAGGGAGAGUGGUGGAAGGUGAAGGCAGAGAGUCUUGAAGGCCGCAGAAAGGCAUUCAGAUUUCGUUCUGAGUGUAGCGGGAAGUCAUUGGAAGGUUUGGAGCAGGAAAGUGAUGUGGUAUUAUUUGUACCUAUAAAAGGUCACUUACACUAACAGACUAUAGGGGGCCAAGGUGGAGGAGCAGGAAGACCAGUUGGGAGGCUAGUGCACAGUCUAGGCGUGACGGUAGUGGUGGACCUGGUGAGAAGGGGUCAGAUUCUGGGUAUAUUUUGCAGAUAGACUGAUAGGACAUGAUGAUGGAAUCAUUAUGGGGUGUGAGAGAAAAAGUAGAAUAAAAGGUGCUCACUGGGUUUUGGGCCUGAGCAACUGGGUGAAUCGUGGGACUGUCUUCCGAGAUGGGAGAAACGGGUCUGGAAUCAGACGUUCUCAUUGAACAUGUUGGGCUGAGAUGUCUGUUAAACAGUCAAGUAGAGUUAGAUUUAGGAGUCAGGAGUUCAGGGUAGAAGCAGGGCUGGAAACAUGAAUUUGACAGUUAUCAGCGUAUAGUCAGUGUGUAAAACCAGGGGACAAGAUGAGAUUUUAUUGAGAGGAGAGGCCUGAGUCCUAGGCCCUCUAGCUUUUCAAUGUCAAACUGGAAUUAGACCAGGUUGUCAUUUCUGACCCUUUGUACCUUAGGGUAACCUCUCUGAUCCUCAAUUUCCUUAUCUGUAAAACGGGAGUAUUAAUGCCAAUCCUAUUUCAUAGGAUCGUGGUAAGGAUUAAACUAUGAUACGUCCUAGAAAUAAAAGUUUCGUUAUUACAUAACAGUGGUCAUUUUCCUUUCCCUCCGUGGGGCUUAGUUGCCUCAUUUGGGAAUGAGGGGAUUGACCAAAAUAACCCUAAGGGCACUUCUAGCUCUAUAAUGGUUACUGUUUUUUUGUUUUGUUUUAAAUCACCUCCUAUAUGCCAGGCACUGUGCCAGACCCUUUAAAUAUAUAAUAUAAUACAUUUUAUGUGUAAAUGUAUUUUUUAAAAAUUUUUUACUGUGGUAGAAUGCAAUAACAUAAAACUUACCAUUAGAGAUAGUCAGUAUAUUCAGGUUUUGCAACUAUUGCCAUUAUCUAGUUCCAGACUGAUUUCAUCCCCCCCCAAAAGAAACUCCAUCCCUAUUGAGCAGUCACUCUUCAUUCUCCCUCCUCCCAGCCCUUAGCAACCACUAAUCUGUUUUCCAUCUCUAUGGAUUUGCUGAUUCUGUUGGAAUCAUACAAUAUGGCCUUUUAUGUCCGGCUUCUUUCACUUAGCAUAAUGUUUUCAAGGUUCGUCCAUCAUGUAACAAAUAUCAGUACUUCAUUCCUUUUUAAGGCUUAGUAAUCUUCCAUUGUAUGAAUAGAUCACAUUUGUUUGUCCGUUUAUCAGCUGAUGGACAUUUGGGUUGUUUCUACCAUUUGGCUACUGUGUAUAGUAUUGCUAUGAACAUUUGUGUACAAGUUUGAACACCUGUUUUGCAUUUUCUUGGGUAUGUAUCCAGGAGUGGAAUUACUGAGUCAUGCCGUGAUUCCAUGUUUAAUUUAUGGAGGAACUGCCAAACUGUUUUCUACAGCGGCUGCACCGUUUUUCAUUCCCACGUGCAAUGUAGGAGGGUUCCAGUUUCUCCACAUCCUUGCUAACACUUGUUACAUGAUAUAUUUUUAACCACAUCUACCCAGCAAGGGUAUUAUAUUCUGUUGUACAGAUGCAGGGACUGAGCUAUCUUCCAGCCAACCUAGAGGAGAGCCAUUGUCCCCAUUUUACAGAUGAGAAAACACGUUCAGGAGAGGUUAAGUUACUUGCCCAAGGUCACACUACUAGAUUGGAACCCAGGUCUCCCCAAACCAAUACCCCUUCCAUUGUGGCCUCUGGCCUUUGACAUUAUCUGGCAUGAGGUGGGGAGGGGGGAGAUUGUAAAGAGGGUGGUGGGUGGGCUGGAGUGUGUUCCUACCACCCAUCCCUGUCUGGUCAGUGAGACCCGCCUGGUAGAGGUGCUCGAGGGCGUGUGCAGCAAGUCGGACUUCGAGUGCCACCGCCUGCUGGAGCUGAGUGAGGAGCUGGUGGAGAGCUGGUGGUUUCACAAGCAGCAGGAAGCCCCAGACCUCUUCCAGUGGCUCUGCUCAGAUUCCCUGAAGCUCUGCUGCCCCUCAGGCACCUUUGGGCCCUCCUGCCUUCCCUGUCCUGGGGGUGCGGAGCGGCCCUGCGGUGGCUACGGGCAGUGUGAAGGGGAAGGAACUCGAGGGGGCAGCGGGCACUGUGACUGCCAAGCCGGCUAUGGGGGUGAGGCCUGUGGCCAGUGUGGCCUCGGCUACUUUGAGGCACAGCGCAAUGCCAGCCAUCUGGUAUGUUCGGCUUGUUUUGGCCCCUGUGCCCGCUGCUCAGGACCUGAGGAAUCAAACUGUUUACAGUGCAAGAAGGGCUGGGCCCUGCAUCACCUCAAGUGUGUAGACAUUGAUGAGUGUGGCACAGAGCGAGCCAGCUGUGGAGCCCACCAGUUCUGCGUGAACACGGAGGGCUCCUAUGAGUGCCGAGACUGUGCCAAGGCCUGCCUGGGCUGCAUGGGGGCAGGGCCUGGCCGCUGUAAGAAGUGUAGCCCUGGCUACCAGCAGGUGGGCUCCAAGUGUCUCGACGUGGACGAGUGUGAGAUGGCGGUGUGUCCAGGAGAGAACGAGCAAUGCGAGAACACCGAGGGCAGUUACCGCUGUGUCUGUGCUGAGGGCUACAAACAGAUCGAGGGCAUCUGUGUGAAGGAGCAGAUCCCAGAGUCAGCAGGCUUCUUCUCGGAGAUGACAGAGGACGAGCUGGUGGUGCUGCAGCAGAUGUUCUUCGGUGUCAUCAUCUGUGCACUGGCUACGCUGGCCGCCAAGGGUGACUUGGUCUUCACUGCCAUCUUCAUUGGGGCUGUGGCAGCCAUGACCGGCUACUGGUUGUCAGAGCGCAGUGACCGUGUGCUGGAGGGCUUCAUCAAGGGCAGAUAAUCCCUGCCACACCUGCAGCAUCUCCUCCUGCCCAGGCUGCCCCCAAGGUCGGGACUCUCCCACCUGGACACUUGAGGCACUUGCUUUAUUUUUGAGUGCGGUAAGCACCCUCUACCCACCUUAUGGGGCAGCGCAGACACCUGGGCCUGGGCAGCUGAGGCCCUUGGGUGAAAAAGUAGCCCUAUAGGUGGGUGCCAUGAGAUCUUGGCCUUGGGGCACUGGUCAGGCUUCACAGUGUUGUGAAUUUUUUUAAAAAGUGUCUCCUCGUCGUGGCUGCUCGUGAGCUUUGGCCCCUGCCCAGGAUGUGGGGGGAGGGUGUCCCUUCACAACCCCCUCCUGCCAGCUGCAUGCUGUCAGCUCCUGUUCUGUCCUCACCCCCUUGCCCCUCAGCCACUGAUUUAUUUAUUCAUCUCAGGAAAUAAAGAAAGGUCUUGGAAAAUGGAGAA